AUGGCAAAGAUUAUGACCCCUUGGUUGGUUAAAGAAUGGGAUUCAUCCAAGUGGUUCACCACUGCUGGUGAGCCGUGGUUCACUCCUAAUGAGAUGCAGAAGAUAGUGGCUAAAGAUGCUGCAGCAGGUGAUGCACGUAAAAAGGUUGAGGUUGAUUAUGAGUUGGCUGCUAUGAUAAAGGACAACCUUCGUGCCUACAGGGGUUUCGCUAAAUCGGAAGAUAUUUUUCUUCAGGUCUUAUAUGAAGCAAAGGCCAAGAGACGGCAAAAGAGAGGGCAAAAGAGGAGCCACACAGAGAUGGCUGAAACAGGAGGUAGUCGAGGAAGGGAGAGGAUGUUGCUGAUGUCACUGGUGGCGUGUCUGAAGAAAAGUGAAGCCCUUCAAGGCAUAGAUAAGCUGCCAGCGUGUUGCUGGUAUCUUUAG